CAGCGACUCAGUGCGGGAAGCGGCGCGUCCCUCCAGGAGAGCGGCAGGAGCAGGGACUAGUAGCGACAGGGAGGUGAAGAAAAAGAGCGGGAGACACCACACUCCUGCAGAAGACCCACUCGAAGGCAGACUAAGAAGAACCCAGAGAGAGGAAAAAAAUAGAGGAUUAUAUACAGUGUUUUAUGCAUCGUGUGUGUUGAUACUAGUGACUAUUGAGAGGCUCUGAGGAGACUCUUGGCUCGUGUGUGCUGGUGGUGAGCGGGAAGGGCGCAAGUUGACAGGAACACCUCGUCAGCGCCUUCUUCAGAUCAUGGAGCGGUGGUGGGUGGCGGCCGUGUGUGUGGCCUCCCUAGCGGCAGUAGGAACCCGAGGCGACAACUUAGCGUUUGGAGGCGGCCCUAUCACUCUGGAAGUCGGACAGGUUGGGUUCCCUCAAGCAGGCUUUGAUGACGACAUAUUCACAACAAGGAUUGAAAGAAAGACCCCCUCUGAGCUUGGAUUCCCUGAUGUCAACACCUUCGACAAGAACAGAAACAGUGCUUCUUCCCCCGUCAGGAAACGAAGGGCAGCGGACAAGUUAGGAGGAGGAGGACAUCACGACCACCACGACCACGACCACGACCACGACCACGACCACCAUGACCAUCCUGUACACUUCCCUCCCAUCCUCCCACACUCCAGUCCUCUCCCAAGCUCGCGAGGGUAUGACAAUCCUGCACCGACAUAUUACGAAGCACCUCAAAGGGGAUACUCCUAUGACGCGCCCUCCUCAGGAUACCGCUACCUGCCCCCACAGACAGCAUACAAGGCUCCUGAGUCAACCUAUCAGGAACCCAAGGCAGUAACUUCCUAUGAGGCGCCGAAGGAGGAUUACGUAGCACCAAAGGUGGAGUCAGCCUAUGUCGCCCCCAAAGUUGAGUCAGCAUAUGUGGCCCCGAAAGUUGAGUCAGCAUAUGUCGCCCCCAAAGUUGAGUCAGCAUAUGUGGCCCCCAAAGUUGAGUCAGCAUAUGUGGCCCCAAAGUUGAGUCAGCAUAUGUGGCCCCAAAAGUUGAGUCAGCCUACGUAGCCCCCAAAACAGAAUCAGCCUACAUCCCGCCCCACGUGGACACAGCGUACGUGGCCCCUAAGGCGGAGACGAAGUACGUACCACCGACACACUACCGCGGCUACAGCAUUCGUGACCCGUCCUACUCCACCACCAUGAGACCCGGCUAUGUCCCUAGGGUCACCACGCCUUACUCUGAGGAUGUGACCUUCGUCCCUGAGUAUCAAUAUGGUCACUAUGUCCCACCGAAGGAAGGCUACAGCUACAACCCGCCGAAGACAAGCUAUGACGAGGGUGGUUACGACUACAGCCCGCCUAAGUCCAGUUAUGAUGCGCCUAAAGACGACUACAGCCCACCUAAAUCAAGCUACGAUGCGCCAAAGGAUGGUUACGACUACAGUCCGCCAAAGUCCAGCUACGACGCACCCAAAGACGACUACAGCCCUCCCAAAUCCAGUUAUGACGCACCUAAGGAUGGUUACGACUACAGUCCGCCAAAGUCCAGCUACGACGCGCCCAAAGACGACUACAGCCCUCCCAAAUCCAGUUAUGACGCACCUAAGGAUGGUUACGACUACAGUCCGCCAAAGUCCAGCUACGACGCGCCCAAAGACGACUACAGCCCUCCCAAAUCCAGUUAUGACGCACCUAAGGAUGGUUACGACUACAGUCCGCCAAAGUCAAGCUACGACGCGCCCAAAGACGACUACAGCCCUCCCAAAUCCAGUUAUGACGCACCUAAGGACGACUACAGCCCUCCCAAAUCCAGUUAUGAUGCACCUAAGGAUGGUUACGACUACACGCCACCAAAGUCUAGCUACGACGCACCUAAGGACGACUACAGCCCACCUAAGUCCAGCUAUGAUGCACCCAAGGAAGGCUACGACUACACACCACCAAAGUCCAGUUAUGACGCGCCCAAGGACGACUACAGUCCACCGAAGUCAAGCUAUGACGCACCUAAGGACGACUACAGCCCUCCCAAAUCGAGUUAUGAUGCACCCAAAGACGACUAUAGCCCUCCCAAAUCUAGUUACGACGCUCCUAAGGAAGGAUAUGACUACACACCACCCAAAUCAAGCUACAAUGCACCCAAAGACGACUACAGCCCACCGAAAUCCAGUUACGACGCACCUAAGGACGACUACAGUCCACCAAAGUCCAGUUACGACGCACCUAAGGACGACUACAGUCCACCAAAGUCCAGUUACGAUGCCCCUAAGGAAGGAUACGACUACACACCACCGAAGUCAAGCUACGAAGGCCCGGGGUCAUCGUACAAGGCACCCGAGCCGGCAUACAAGGCGCCAGAACCAGAGUACAAAGCACCCGAGCCAGCAUACAAGGCACCACCCAAGUCGAGUUACGAGGAGCCCAAAGCAGGGUACGACUACACCCCGCCCAAAUCUAGUUACGACGCCCCGGAGCCAGCAUACAAGGCACCCGACCCAGCAUACAAAGCACCAGAGCCUGAGUACAAGGCGCCAGAACCAGCAUACAAGGCACCACCAAAGUCCAGUUACGAGGAACCUAAAGAAGGUUACGACUACACUCCUCCAAAAACAUCGUACAAGGCGCCAGAACCAGCAUACAAGGCACCCGAGCCAGAGUACAAGGCACCCGACCCGGCGUACAAGGCCCCUGAACCCGAAUACAAGGCUCCACCCAAGACCAGCUAUGAGGACCCAAAGGAAGGCUACGACUAUACUCCUCCCAAGACAUCAUACAAGGCUCCAGAACCAGCUUAUAAGGCGCCCGAACCAGAGUACAAGGCGCCAGAACCAGCAUACAAGGCUCCUGAGCCCGAGUACAAGGCACCCGAGCCAGAAUACAAGGCACCACCGAAGUCCAGUUACGACGAGCAUAAGGAACCUGCAGGCUAUGACUACACUCCCCCAAAAACGGAAUACAAAGCGCCAGAACCUGAGUACAAGGCGCCAGAACCCGAGUACAAGGCGCCAGAACCCGAGUACAAGGCGCCGCCCAAAUCAAGCUACGAAGAACCAGAAUACGACAUCGAGUACAAGGUUGUCAGUGCUCACCCUCCCCAGGUAGCUACGUAUGGAGCAGUGCAUAACAAAGGGCACGACUCUCCCUACAUGCCCGACCCUACGGUGUACCCCGACACAGAUUACAAAGCUCCGCAACCCGAAUACAAGGCUCCUGCUCCUGGGUACAAGGCUCCUGCUCCAGCUGCUGGUGGGUAUAGCUAUCAGCCUCCAACAGGCGCAACCCUCCAGCCUGUGUACGGCGUGCAGUCCCCCAUCCCUGUAUACGGUCCCCCGACCCUUCCACACCAGGUGCUGAAUCCCUACGCGUCCCUCGACUACUACUACGACGACAUCCCACUCAGGCGCAGGAGGCCCGGCAGGAGGCGACGACCAGGCUUCAGGCGGUACAGGCCCAGAUACUACCGGCAGGCAGAAUAAAGCUCUAAAACUGCCCCGCGACUGCCGGCCUGCCACGACCCACCACGACACGCUCCUCGCCUGCCCCCCUUGGCAACGGCUGGCGCGGUGCACUAACUCAUCCCGGCGCCUGCUGGUGACACGCGGGACAUUACUCCUGCUGGGGCUUCCAGUGACGCGUGCUCUCUGACUAUACUCCAAUAAACAAAUAGGUGUAUGAUAUUCAAAAUUAAUUGUUCAGUGUCGCUUCAUGAGAAAAGAAGACAAAAACGAAAUUCCGUGAUGUAACAGACGAGGCAACACAAGCUUAUACAGGCGUUGUUUUCAUUGGAUUUUGACGGCAAACAAACUGAGCUUUCAUUAACUCUUUCACUACUGGAACAUUUUCAGAUAAUUACUUGCAGCUUUCUAGAUCAUUAAUUUCCUUACUUCUGUCCUUCGAAUUCUUUUGUAGCCUGGAAAAGAACAUCAGUAUCUUAUUCUGUUCCUGUAUAAACACGUGAAGACUCUUUUAGUACUUUAAAUGCUUGAAAUGUCAAGAAAUGACUAUAAUUGCCGUGAAAAGGUUAAAUAUUUAUUGUCAUGAUGGAAUGUGUAGCCUUUCCCACACUAAGCCAAAUGUAAAAACCUUCUUAUUACUAUACAUAGUUUUACCAUCUCUAUUUCUUAAGUAAAGCAUAAUUAUUUUGUAAAGUUUUCGUAAUAUAUAUUCUAUUCACUUAGGCUUCUCUCCUAUUCAUCUACUUACCUUAAUUCGUUAUGAUUAUGCUAGCUUUCUAUUACUUUAUUUAUUUACUUUUUUUCGACAGUGAAUUUCAUACUUAUCUUAGAUGCAGUAUUUAAUGAUUAGUCUUUUUGUUAUGACUUUAUAAUCGUUUCUCAUAUUCAGUAUAUCAAGACGGAAGUCCCUCCUGCCAGCACUGUCUUUGCUCGUAUGUGUGUGUCAGAGUUCACAUUAGCCUCACCUCUGUACCUCACGAGUCACCAGCAGGCUUCCACUUGCGUUACCAAAAGUUCUAUAUCCAGUUAAUUGCUACUUGACAUGUUUGAAAUACAGCAAAUGGAAAUCACUGAACACUUCUGUAACAGUUUCUUUUCUGAAGCUAAUACAGAUAUUCAUGUUUAAGAACGCCUCUUUUUCUUCUAAAAUAUGUUUACUUAACAGUCAUUCUCUUCCAUGGCUCCAUAAAUAAUAAUACUGUAUAUUUAGGUACAUACUACUGUCUUGUGCUAAUAUUGUAUUUAUUAUAAAACAUUAUUUAUGAAUAAACUGAGAAUAUUUU